UCCAUUCUCCUUCAAGCUCACAAAACAGAAUAAGGAUGAACAGCGGGGUGUGCAUGUGUGUGAUCCUGGCUGCGCUUUCUGCCUCCUGUUUGGGUCUGCCGCGCUCCUCUUCACCUGACACUGAUGACAGCCCUCUCCCCUCGCAGCUGGACGCCAGUUUAAGUGGGCACCACCGGGUCGUCCGCUCCACCAGCCUCACCAUCAAACAGCAGCCAGAAGGCAACACAGACCCAGACACCCAUGCCAACCUCAGCGAACUGCUGGCCAAACUCAUCUCCAAAAAAGGCUCGGUUCGUCGUAACUCCUCCAUGAACAACAGAGCAAACAGCAUUAACCACCGGAUAAAAGAUCGGGAUUAUGUUGGCUGGAUGGAUUUUGGCCGCAGGAGUGCUGAGGAAUAUGAAUAUUCAUCAUAAAAUCCAUAUAGACCAUCUGGUUCCUCAACUACAAAUAAAGAAUAUAUUUAUUACUACUACUGUUAUUAUUAUUAUAAUGUACAUUUGUUAAGAACCCAGUAUAAUGCAAUAUUCAUAAUGUAAUAUUAAUUAUUGAUAAUAUGCCUAAUGCCUAAUUAAUAAUAUGCCUAAUUUUGCAAAAAAAAAGACAAAAAAAGUCUCAAAGUAUUGUUGUUUUUCAGUUUUGUCUUUUUAUUUGAGUUUAUUUGUCACAUAUGUAGUGGGUUUUGCAUAAAGAGAACCAUUAAGCUGAUGUGAUUGUCAGAAUUUCUUGAAACCACAAUUUCCAAUAAAUCAGGUCAGCAUUCAACUUUGGCCUUAAAUC